ACAACCUAAAAAUGAAAGAUCUCGAGACUCUCUGCUCUGCACUGCAAAUAAACCAUAGACAGAAAGCAACAUAAUUUAGCUUACUCUAAGGAAAGAAUUCUAACAUGUCCAUAGCAUCAUCCCAGCAAAGCUUCCUCACCAACGCCCUCACCCCACUAAUCCAAAAGCCCAAAACGAGAUUAGCUAUCUCCACCAUCUCAUGCAGGCUGUCUAAAGAUGAUCAUAAUGAUUCUUGCAGGACAAAGAGUGAGAACAAAUUGGCAAAGCUAGCAAUUGUGACACUGGCAGCUGGGGUGCUUGCACUUGGUUCUGUCGGUGUUGCAUCAGCUGCUAAAUCUGGUGGUAGAGUUGGUGGUCAGGCUUUCAGAUCAUCUGCUCCUAGGUCAUCACCUAGAAUCAAUAGUAACUCAAGGACCAACAUAUAUGUCAACCCACCACUUGCCCCACCUUUAGUUGGUGGAUAUGGGUAUGGUUUUGGUGUGCCAUUCUAUGGCGGCUGGGGCUGGUCGCCAUUUUCGUUCUUUGCACCAGGUCCUAGUGUUGCCAUUGUUGGAGGUGGAUUCGAAACUUUAGCACUUUUUAUGUUUCUUGGUGCUGUUGCUGCUGUGAUCAAGAGAUUCCUUGGAACAAGAGACGAAGACGACUACGAGUAAUCAGAAAAGCUUUUUGAUGGUUGGAGAUGUACAAUAUUUUUAAGUGACCAUAACACAUUCUAAGCUGGCCAGUAUUGUAAUUCAGAAGAUUACUGUUGCAUACCAUGUGAUAUAAUUAUGACGAGAAACAUACUUUAAACA